AUGUAUCCUGAAGCUGAGGAAGUUGUUGUACCUGCAAUAAGUAAGUUUAAUGCGAGAAAACGGUUGAUGAUGCACCAUCAGCAGCUGGAAGAUGUCAUUGAAGAUCAAUUAAGUCUGGCAUCCAUACACUAUCUUCGGUCACACUACCAGGAAGCCAUUGAUAUAUACAAACGAAUACUUCUGGACAGCAGAGAAUAUUUGGCAUUAAAUGUAUAUGUGGCACUUUGCUACUACAAACUAGACUACUAUGAUGUCUCUCAAGAAGUAUUAGCAGUAUACCUCCAGCACUACCCGGACUCCCCUAUUGCUAUCAACCUCAAGGCUUGUAAUCACUUUAGACUGUACAAUGGAAAAGCUGCUGAACAGGAAUUAAGAGCAUUACAGGAUGUGACAUCAUCACCACUUACAUUUGCUCAGGAUCUUGUACGACAUAAUCUAGUUGUGUUCAGAGGAGGAGAAGGGGCAUUACAGGUUCUUCCUCCAUUAGUGGAUGUGAUUCCUGAAGCCAGACUCAACCUUGUCAUCUAUUAUCUAAAACAAGAUGAGGUGCAAGAAGCUUACAAUCUCUUGAAGGACCUUGAGCCAACAGUACCCCAAGAGUACAUUCUUAAAGGAGUUGUAAAUUCAGCCAUUGGUCAAGAAACAGGCUCUAGAGAAAAUUUAAAGAUAGCCCAACAGUACUUCCAGCUGGUGGGAGGAAGUGCUUCAGAGUGCGAUACUAUACCUGGACGUCAAUGUAUGGCAUCUUGCUUUUUCUUGCUUAAACAGUUUGAUGAUGUACUUCUCUAUUUGAAUUCAAUCAAGUCGUAUUUCUACAAUGACGAUACUUUCAACUUCAAUUAUGCUCAGUCCCCACCCAACAUAGAUGACAAUUUCAACUUCAACUUUGCUCAGGCCAAGGCUGCAGUAGGAGAUUUCAAAGAGGCAGAGGAAGUUUUUCUCCUCAUUCAAAGUGAAAAAAUAAAGAAUGACUAUGUGUACCUCUCUUGGUUAGCUAGAUGCUACAUCAUGAACAGCAAGCCUCGAAUAGCUUGGGAACUGUACUUAAAGAUGGAGACAUCAGCUGAAGCCUUUAGUCUACUUCAGCUUAUUGCAAAUGAUUGCUACAAGAUGGGCCAGUUUUACUAUGCAGCCAGAGCCUUUGAUGUCCUGGAAAGACUGGAUCCUAACCCAGAAUAUUGGGAGGGCAAACGUGGUGCUUGUGUAGGCAUGUUCCAGAUGAUCAUAGCUGGAAAGGAGCCAAAGGACUCCCUUGGUGACAUCUUACAAUUGCUCAGGAAUACAGCCAACCCGCAAGUGGAGGGCAUAAUUCGUGUGAUCAAGAAAUGGGCAAAAGACAAUCACAUCCCAGUUUAGUUUUGCAUUUAGUAAUUUUCUAUUAACUGGUAAUGUUUGCCUUAGGGUCUGUCAGUAUAUGAAGAAGAAUUAGUGUAUUUUAGGAAAAGAAUAUUUUGUUCUCUUAUUAAAAGAUAUAUAUAUAUAUAUUUACUGGAGUUACCACCUUUUCUUACAUUGUAACACUGAUACAUUAGCUUUUACACAGUAUAUCUUUGAACUAUAUUUUUGAUUUUUUUACUAUUUAUGAAAUAUUUUGGGGGGGAUGGGGGUAGGGGGUAAGAAUGCUUGAUAUUUACUAUACAUUAAUCAUUAUAGUAUGUAUUUUUCUGUUAGUAUAAAUGUAUAAAAUUCUCCCAAUUAUUAAACUGAAAAUAAGCAAGUAAUAACACUGCGGGUAUUACAGAUUUUUCACUUCUUGAUUGUAUACAUAUCCAUUUCACUUUCUUCUGUAAAAGUUAUGAAAAAUUAAACCAUGCUGAUGAAGAUUGUUCACUAAAAAAUAAUUUCUAGCUGUUAGUGAUAAUCUAGUCAAUAAUUAAUGAAACUAUAUUUCUUUAUUUGAAAAGUUUUCAUUUAUGUAUGUUACUGAUUAAAAAAUAUUAAGAAUAUUAGAAAAAUUUUAAUUGCAAUAUCUACUGAAUUUUCUUUCCUAAAAAUAGUGACUUAAAUGUUAGGAAGUAUUCAUUUACAUUGUAAAUUUAAUUGAUUUAAGCCAUCCACUGUAAAAUAUACAAGCACAACUGUGAUAUGUAAAAGUAUAUAUUAAAUGGAUUAGCCUCU